AGAGGUGGCCCGGUGUCGUCUCCCCAACCAGCGACCAGGAGCUGGAGAUGCUGUUAGGUUGUCCUUUUACUGAGUGUGAGAAGUUUGCCCAGAGAUGGAGAACUUCAUUCUGUAUGAGGAGAUUGGCAGAGGAAGCAAGACGGUCGUCUAUAAAGGGCGACGGAAGGGAACAAUAAAUUUUGUAGCUAUUCUUUGCACUGAUAAAUCCAAAAGGCCUGAAAUAACGAACUGGGUCCGUCUCACCCAUGAAAUCAAACACCAGAAUAUUGUAACUUUUCACGAAUGGUACGAAACCAGCAAUCACCUCUGGCUGGUGGUGGAACUCUGCACAGGUGGUUCCUUAGAAAUGGUCAUUGCUCAAGAUGAAAACCUCCCAGAAGAUGUUGUGAGAGAAUUUGGGAUUGACCUGAUUACUGGAUUACAUCAUCUUCAUCAACUUGGCAUUCUCUUUUGUGACCUUUCUCCUGGGAAGAUACUCUUGGAAGGGCCUGGCACACUGAAGUUCAGUAAUUUCUGCCUGGCAAAAGUGGAAGGUGACAAUUUGGAAGAGUUCUUUGCUUUGAUGGCAGCCCAAGAAGGAGGAGGCGAUAGUGGGGAAAAUGUACUGAAGAAAAACAUGAAAAGUAGAGUCAAAGGAUCGCUUAGCUACACAGCCCCAGAAAUCGUGAAGGGCACUACUGACUUCUCUGUCGCCAGUGACCUCUGGUCCCUGGGCUGUCUGCUGUAUGAAAUGUUUUCAGGAAAACCUCCAUUCUUCUCAGAAAGUGUUUCAGAAUUAAUCGAAAAGAUUGUUUAUAAAGAUCCUCUGCCACCUAUUCCAAAAGAUUCCUCUUUUCCUGAAGCGUCUUCGGAUUUUAUGAACUUGCUGGAUGGUUUACUUCAAAAGGACCCCCAGAGAAGGUUGACUUGGGCAGGCCUCCUGCAGCAUUCAUUUUGGAAGGAUGCUUUUACUGGAAAAGAUCAGGAUUCAAGCACUGAGGACUCCAGCGUCAGCAGGAACGUGAUGGAAUAUUCCGGGUCACAAGAUGCCAAGGAGCUUUUGAGGAGCCCCCAGAGUGGACAAGCCAGAGGGGAGAGCAGUGGCCAGCGGCCGAGCCGCCCUUUCAGACUAGAAAAUCCCACCGACUUGCGGCCUAAGAAUACUGUUGGGGGUCAACUGAACGAGUCCAUGUUCCUUCUCAGCUCUCGUCCUACUCCGAGAACCAGCACUGCAGUGGGGCUAAGUCCUGGUGAGGAUGUGCCUCAGAGUUCACCACAGAGGCUGCCUCCUUUGACCAAGACCACAAGUGACCACCUGAGUCAGCAGGACAUGGAAUCCCAGAUGCGAGAGCUCAUCUACACAGACUCAGAACUCACUGUCACCCCAAUUAUUGACAAUCCGAAGAUAAUGAAACAACAGCCGAUUAAAUUUGAUCCAAAAAUAUUGCAUCUACCAGCACAUUCAGUGGAUAAGUUAAUGUCACUAAAAGACCAGGAUUGGAAUGACUUUCUGCAACAAGUGUGCUCACAGAUCGACUCCACCACCGAGAAGACCAUGGGGGCCUCCCGGGUCAAGCUGAACCUCCUUUGCUAUCUGUGCGUGGUGGCCAGCCAGAGGGAGGUGGCCACUAGGCUCCUGCAUUCCCCACUGUUCCACCUGCUAAUCCAGCAUUUGCGAAUAGCCCCAAACUGGGAUAUACGAGCCAAGGUUGCUCGCGUGAUUGGUUUACUGGCCGCACACACCGCUGAACUUCAAGAACAUACACCUGUUAUUGAGGCAAUUACUCUCUUAACUGAAUUAAUUAGGGAAAACUUCAGGAACAGCAAAUUAAAACAGUGCCUUCUGCCAGCCCUCGGGGAGCUGAUCUAUCUCGUAGCCACACAGGAAGAAAAAAAGAAACACCCCAGAGAAUGCUGGGCUGUUCCCUUGGCUGCGUACACGGUGCUAAUGAGGUGCCUUCGGGAAGGGGAAGAGCGUGUCGUGAACCACAUGGCAGCGAAGGUCAUUGAGAACGUCUGCACCACCUUCUCCGCGCAGGCCCAGGGCUUCAUCACCGGGGAAAUCGGGCCUGUCCUGUGGUACCUGUUCAGACACUCCACUGUCGACUCCCUCAGGAUAACCGCAAUAUCGGCCUUGUGCAGGAUCACUCGCCACUCUCCCUCCGCCUUCCAGAACGUCAUUGAGAAGGUGGGCCUGAACUCGGUCGUCACCUCCCUGGCCUCCUCCAUCUGCAGAGUUCAGCAGUACCUGCUGACCCUGUUCAGUGCCAUGCUGUCCUGUGGGAUUCACCUUCAGAGACUAAUCCAGGAGAAGGAUUUUGUCUCUACAGUUAUCCGUUUACUUGACAGCCCCUCAGCCUCCAUUAGAGCCAAAGCCUUCCUGGUUCUGUUAUAUAUUUUGAUUCAUAACCAUGAGAUGCUGCUGCUCAGCUGCCAAGCGAGGCUGGUGAUGUACAUCGAGAGAGACAGCAGAAAGACCUCCCCGGGCAAGGAGCAGCCGCAGAGCGGCCCCGAGCACCUGGCCAGGUGCCUGGACCUUCUCAUCUGUCACGUCGUGCAGGAAGUGCCUCGGAUCCUGGGUGACAUUCUCACCGCCCUGGCUAAUGUGUCUGGUCGGAAACACCCCUCGACAGUUCAAGCGAAGCAGCUGAAGCUGUGUCUGCCCCUGAUGCCUGUGGUGCUUCACCUCGUCUCCUCCCAGGUAUUCCGACCCCGCGUUGUGACGGAGGACUUCCUCUUCAGUUAUGGGACCAUCCUUAGUCAUAUUAAAUCGGUAGACUCAGGAGAAACAAACAUAGAAGGCGCCAUCGGACCCAUGGCAUCGGAGGAAUUUAUCAAGAUCACGCUGUCGGCUUUUGAAGCAAUAAUACAGUAUCCUGCUUUACUGAAAGACUAUUGCUCUACGGUUGUUGAUUAUAUCCUGCCACCCUUGGUCUCCUUGGUUCAAAGCCAAAACGUGGAGUGGAGGCUCUUCAGCUUGCGGUUGCUCUCAGAGACCACGUCUCUGCUCGUGAACCAGGAGGCUGGGGAUGGCAAGGAGGCUGCGAGUGUCGACCCUGACAGCAAUCUUCUGGCUCUCAUUAGAGAUGUCCUACUUCCCCAGUACGAGCACAUCCUCACAGAGCCGGACCCGGUCCCAGUGUAUGCCCUGAAGCUGCUUGUGGCCAUGACCGAGCACAACCCCGCUUUCUCUAGACUUGUGGAGGAAAGCAAACUGAUCCUGCUCAUUUUUGAAGUAAUUCUGGCACAUCAGGAGAACAUUCUGGGAAACACCAUGCAAAGUGUGAUCGCGUUGCUGCACAACCUGGUUGCCUGCAAAGAUUCGAACAUGAAGCUGCUUUACGAACAAGGGCUGGUCCAACAUGUCUGUUACCUGUUCACCGAGACGGUCACACUGUGCUUGGACGUGGCCAAUAAAAACAACGAGAUGGCGGGCGCGCUGCUGUGUUCCCUGCUGGACAUCCUGCACGGCAUGCUGACCUACACGUCCAGUGUCGUGCGGCUGGCCCUGCAGGCGCAGAAGUCUGGUUCAGGAGGGGACACGCAGGCGGCGGAGGACCUGCUGCUGCUCAGCAAGCCUCUGACAGACCUCGUCAGCCUGCUCAUCCCGCUGCUUCCUGCCGAGGACCCUGAAGUUUUUGAGGUUUCAUCCAAGUGUCUGUCUAUACUGGUCCAGCUCUACGGAGGAGAAAACCCAGACAGCCUGUCUCCUGAAAAUGCGGAGAACUUCGCUCACUUACUGACAUCCAAGGAGGACCCGAAGGAGCAGAAGCUUCUGCUGAGGAUUCUCCGGAGGCUGGUCACCUCCAAUGAGAAGCACCUGGAGAGCCUCCAGCACGCGGGCAGCCUCCUGCGGGCUCUGGAGCGGCUGGCACCUGCGGGCGGUUCAUCUGCAGACAGCGCGGUGGCCUCCUUGGCCCUAGAAAUCCUCCAAGCUGUGGGACACUAGGCAAGAAGGCCCUGGACACAAGGCGGCCCUGCGGCGCCAGCUACACUGGCGAGGCCAGCUCCCGCUGCAUCUUCUCCGGACCUAAUAAAGCCAGCUGAAGCCCGACCUCCCGGCUACGGCGCUCUUACUCUGGGCCCUAAAGCGCACUCCGAAUAGACCCCGUCGGUGCUGCGGGGCUCGCCCACAGGUCACCCAGGCUUGCCAGCUGUUCGCAGAAUGUCCUUCCCUCUCUGUGGGGGCCGGUGGGCCUGCCACCUGCGCUCGCCCAGUGGAUGAGCUGUGGUCCCCAGCCUGCCUGCGCCUGUGUCUCACCACCUCUCCUGCAGAGACCGAGGGCCGUACCCUCCCCUGCUUUCCCCAUGCGAGGCCCACGCCCUCAUCUUGGCUCCGUUCUAAGGAGCUGGAGCCUAGUCCGCAUCGGAGCUCUCAGGAUUCUGACAGUGGUCAGGGGCCCACACCAGGCUCCUGCUGGCCCUCCCUUCCCCCUCCCCCUCCAAGCUUCAGCUCUGUGCUCUCCAACUGGCUACAACCCAGUGGCUGAGCCUCCCAGGAGUGGAGGGUGUCCCUGAAGUCAGCAGAGCGGGCAGGGGAGUGGCCGCACAGGGCCACCUCUUUCCCUCAACUAACAGGCCUAAAGCCUGAGGACCCUGCCUUAACUCUGCCUGAGAGUAGGUGCUUCACUGUCCCUGUGAAGAACCAGGGGGUGACUGGCUACAGGUGGAGAGGAAGUGACAGUCAUGGGGCAGCUGAGGAGGAAGGUCUGCUGGGAGCCGCGACAGAACUGCCUGCUUUGUGUUCUUUGCACGUGUCCAGCUUCUUGCAUUUCCCUUGUGACCAGGAGGUCUUGUGUUAUCUGAUGAGGUUCCAGGUCAGCUCUUUGAAUGCAGAGCAGGCAUUACCCCUGUAGGGAAGCUCAGAAAGUGGGGGUCCUGGGGACUCAGGCUCUUGUCCAAGGUGAGUGGUAGGAGAGGAACCGGGUCUCUCCUUGAAACAAAGCCUUUCUUCCUCCCCUAGCAACAGGAAAACAGGACGCAGAAAUAAAUCCCUAUCAUGCAGGUACAAGCAGGGCCGAGGUGGGAGCCUCGGGAAGGGGGGCUGGAGGCAGGAAGCUGCAAAAGCCCAAAGAAAGGGGCCUGGCCCCUUGGAGCUGUCUGGGAACCAGACGAGCUGAAGUUGAGGCGGCCCCAUUAGAUUCAAGCUUCAGUGGGGCUGAGGGAAGUGGGGGAACAAAGGCAAGAAAAGCAGCCGCGGCCUAGAACAAGGCCAGGGAGGUGGGUGCUGAUGUGACCUGGAAGACAGGCCCGAGCCCAUCCUGGCCUCUCGCUGGAGGCUUCCUGUGGAGGGGGUCGGGGGGCCUGUAGCCCCCUCUAGCUUACUGGAGUCUCAGGGUGGGGAGGGGGCGGACUCCACACAGGAGGGCAGAGAAGGGA